AUGGAAAAGUUGGGAGAAACUCAGAAGAGGGCAGUUGAAGAGGGAGAGCAGGAUUGUCAGAAGAAGAAGAGGAGAAGUGGGAAUGAUACAAUUGAGUAUCUGCGAGAGAAAAGUGAGAGUGACAAAGUACUCAAAGAGGAAGAGCUGUCACUCAAGCGUAAACAACAGGAACUGGAAGAAAAAAAGCUAACCUCAUUUCUAGAUCAGCAGAAAUCCAUGAUGCAGUUAAUGCAGGAGCAACAGCAGCAGCAACAGGUUCAAACUAAUAACAUCCAAAUGAUGAUGAUGCAACAGUCCCAGGCUUUCAUGGCCGUGCUUGAUAAACUUACCAACAAAAUGGGCUAG